AUGCCACGUAAGCGUUUACAUAAGAAAUUGAAUGCAAAGGUUUUAGACACGCUAUCCCGAAUUUUAACCGGCAUCAUAAGAGAACAGACACUUUUAGAAAAACAAAAAACGCAAUCAAUCCGUCAGAAAGAGAACGAUAAGUCUUGGGUGGCGAAUAUUAAGUAUAUCAGAGUAAUAGAAAAAGAGGAGUUCGAUCCUACGUUAAAGGAUCUAGGAUCAUUUUGGGAGAAUUGUACUUUUCCAAAAGAUUGGGACGAAAAUGACUUUAAUAUUGAUUAA